AUGGCAGCCACUUACGCCGAUGAUACUGCGUUCCUAACAACAGCAUAUAACCCAGCAGAGGCCUCCCAGACUAUGCAGGAGCAACUAGAUCUACUGAACACGUGGCACAAGAGAUGGAAUAUAUCGGUAAACAGCGACAAGUCAACCGCCACUACCUUCGCAACUCGGCGCGGCACUUGCCCUCCAGUCAGUCUCAACGGGUCCCCAAUCCCAGAGGUAGCCAAUCCAAAUUAUCUUGGCUUUAAACUGGACAGGAGACUUACAUGGAGACCACACCUGCUAAAGAAGCGGAAACAGGCGGAGAACCGAGUCCGUGAAUUCUACUGGCUGAUGGGCAGACGAUCUAAGCUACCGACUUCCACUAAGCUCCUUAUCUACAAAGCGAUUAUGAGGCCAAUCUGGACGUAUGGCAUUCAACUGUGGGGCAUUGCAUCGAAAUGUAACAUCAACAUUAUCCAGACCUUCGAAAACAAAACGCUCCGCACCGCCACCAACGCUCAUUCUUUCCACGAUAAUGCCACUAUCCACGAGGUCCUCAGCUUCCCCUGGGUGAAGGAUGAGAUUAAGAAAAGCAGCAGGCAUUUCAUGAGCCUUCCGAGUGCUAUAAAUUCAAAUAUCGGCACAGUGCGGAAAAUUGCCGAUGGUGCAGACGAAGUUAUUCGUGGUCUACGAGCUCUUAAUUGCGAAGAAAGGGAUCCCUGGCUAAUUUUCAUUUUACUUUCAAAAUUAGAUAGCGAUACCCGCCAAGCCUGGGCUCAGUGCGCAGAAUCCGAGGAAAAAGGUGUGACCAUCAACCGAUUCUUGAAAUUUCUCACAUCACGCUGCGAUACGUUGGAGGCUUUUAAAUUAACUCGAUCAACCCAAGCUCGACGCGCAGCUACCGCGCACCACGCAGACACGCAUCCAAGACGGGAAGAGCCGAAGUGCACAUCGUGCAAGCAGAAUCACCAACUGUUUAAGUGUCCUCAAUUCAUCGCACUCGACAUUGCAUCUCGCCAAGACUUCCUCAAAGAAAGAAGAAAGCUCUGUUUUAAUUGCCUCAGCCCGGGUCAUAUGAUGGGCAACUGUACAUCGAGGCAUACUUGUCGGAUCUGCCGCCGCAAGCAUCAUACUUUGGUUCAUGGCUCGUCGCAGCCAAUUCAAAAUGGCAACAACAUUGACACAGCAAGUGUUGACAGCCGCGAUCGACCAGCAGUCUCACAUGCGGGAUCUACAAUUGGCCACAAUCAACCGCUAGCUCGAGAAGGUCAUCGCUUGGGAAGCGAGACUCCCGCGGAAACAACUUUACGCAUCAUACUCUGGAGAAUAUUCCGGCGGCUGGUUCUUGCCAUCCUUGCCGACGUCAUCGACGCCUGGGGAAACACUACAACCUGUAGGCUGCUCCUGGACACUGGAUCUACAAUAACCUUGGCAUCGGAAUCAUUUGUUCAGCGAAUAGGCGUGCGUCGAACGCACGCACGGAUUUCUAUUCUCGGUCUCGCCGCCAACAGCGCGGGCGUUACCCGAGGACGCGCACAUAUCAAGCUGCGCUCUCGUCAUUCGGGCCAAACUGUCGAAUUGGUCUCGUUCAUUCUCAACUCGCUGACGUCAUCACUUCCUGCCCAUGUUAUUGACACCUCAUCCUCUACGUGGAGGCAAAUCUGCGAGCUUCCUUUGGCAGACCCAACGUUCUGCACACCUGGAGCAAUCGAUGUCAUUGUUGGAUCGGAUCAACUUUGGUCUCUAUACACAGGAGAUCGGAAACUCUUUCGUAACGACUUUCCUAUCGCUCUCAAUACUGUAUUUGGUUGGAUUCUUGCAGGCUCUUACUCUGCAUUCGAUGAUCACCCUACUUCUGCGGUUACUCAUCACGCGGACCUAGACACGAUGGUUCGUUCAUUCAUGGAGAUGGACAGCAUUCAGCCUAACCAGGCUCUCCUGGACGCCAGCGAUCCCACAGAGCGUCAUUUUGCUGCCACACACAAGCGCUCGACGGACGGGGUGUACGUCGUCGAGUAUCCCUUCAAGGAGAAGGCACCGCCUAUUGAUUCGACCUUGCCACAGGCCAUCAAUCGCUUCUUCUCGCUGGAACGCGAAUUUCGUCGGUAUCCAGAAUUGAAGCAGCAGUACGAAGCUUUCCUAGACGACUACUUGCAACGUGGACAUAUGGAACAACUGACCUCGGCUCAGGUUGAGGAGUCCCCAGACACCUGCUUCUAUUUGCCGCACCACGCUGUCAUCAAACUGGACAGUCUGACUACCAAAUGUCGUGUAGUUUUUGAUGGAUCAGGAAAGGGCAGCUCUGGAGUAUCGCUCAAUGACAGACUACAUAUUGGUCCACCGAUUCAACGCGAUCUUCUUGGCGUUUGUCUACGCUUCCGGCAGCACCAAUAUGUUUUAUGCGCAGAUGUCGAAAAGAAGUUUCGAGGCAUUAAAAUCUUUAAGCCACACACCAAUUUUCAGCGCAUUGUUUGGCGCACGACUGAGAAUGAACCUCUGCUUCAUUUUCGCCUGCUGACGGUUACCUACGGAUUGGCACCGUCACCAUUUCUGGCUGUUCGAGUUCUAAAGCAACUUGCCGACGAUCAUGGCCAUGAAUACCCUGCAGCAGCUCACGCUCUUCUGCACGAUGCCUAUGUGGACGAUAUCCCUACAGGCGCCAACACAUUCGAGAAGCUUAUGAUUCUCAAGGACGAGCUUAUAGCCCUCUUGGAUAAGGGAAAAUUCAAGCUACGCAAAUGGAGUUCUAAUAGUUGGCGUCUUCUGAAAUCAUUACCAGAUGAAGAUAGAUGUUUUGAACCUAUCCAGCUCCUCAACAAAUCAGCUGCGGAUUCACCUGUCAAAGUUCUUGGAAUCCAAUGGAACCCUGGGAAGGACGUUCUGUAUCUCAACCUAAAGGGAUGCGAUGCGACCAUUUCUCCGACGAAAAGAGAACUCUUGUCUCAGCUAUCAAGAAUUUAUGAUCCGCUUGGACUGGUAGCACCGGUCACAGUUCUACUCAAGCUAAUCUUCCAAGAAAGCUGGACAAGUGUCCUGCAGUGGGACGACCCCAUUCCUGAAAGUCUACGUAAGCGCUGGAGAGCCUUAGUAGAGGAUUUGCCAGCACUUACGCAAUGCCAAGUACCACGGUAUAUUGCGUCACCAUUUCGAGAUGUUCAACUACACGGAUUCGCCGACGCAUCCUCGCACGCCUACUGUGCGGUAGUUUACGCUCGAGUUGCAGUUGGAUGCAGCUUUCAAGUAACUCAGCUUGCCGCCAAAACACGGGUGGCCCCCGUGCCCGUAUCAAUUCCACGUUUGGAGCUAAACGCUGCGUUACUUCUAUCUCGAUUGCUUUCUAUUGUCAAAACAUCACUAACAAUUCCUCUUUUCAGCACGAGCUGCUGGACAGAUUCAGAAAUUGUGCUACACUGGCUUUCAGCUCCCCCUCGACGGUGGAACACCUACGUCUGCAACCGAACUUCUGAGAUAUUGAGCGACUUUCCCCGUAGCUGCUGGAACCAUGUUCGCACGGAAGAGAAUCCUGCAGAUUGUGCUGUGUCAAAGCUUCUGGAGCAUCGACUGUGGUGGUAUGGUGAUGAAAGUAUACACGAGUUCCUCAUCCACAAAUUCUCAACCUGGACGCGUCUUAUAAAGGUAUCUAGCUACUGUCAUCGCAUUAUUCGCACUCUUCGAUCCCAUCAUAGGAAUUCGGCACCAUUCCUUACGUCUGAAGAGUUGCUGGACGCACAGCGCCGACUUAUUCGACAUGUGCAACAAAAAUCCUUUGCCAGAGAAUAUGCGCAGCUAGAGAAUCGACGCCAGCUUAACGCUAAAUCGCAUCUUAUCCGGUUUUCUCCGUUUCUGGAUGAUUAUGGAGUAAUGCGAGUCGGUGGGAGAAUCGAGCAAUCUACACUCAACUACAACGCCAAGCACCCGAUUCUGAUACCUAAAGAUACACCACUAGCUGGACUGCUGGUUCGACAUUUUCAUGUCUCCUAUCUGCACACUGGAGUUGAUGCAACGUUCACCAAUCUUCGUCAGCAGUACUGGAUUAUGGGAGCCCGCAAUCUCGUCAGAAAGGCAGGCUUCCAAUGCAAAUCCUGUUUUCUUCAACGAAAGGGCACAAGCAACCAGAUCAUGGGAGAGCUACCAAUUCCUCGAGUUCAAGCUUGGCUGGACUACGCUGGACCGAUCGCAAUCAAGGAAUCAAAGGGAAGAACUCCACGCAUCGGAAAGGCAUGGUUUUCUAUUUUCGUGUGCCUCACUACAAAGGCACUUCACAUCGAGGUUGUUAGUGAGCUAACUACACAGGCUUUCAUCGCAGCCUUUCAACGAUUCAUUCCCCGCCGAGCGAAGCCUACUGACUUGUAUUCGGACAAUGGAACUACAUUUCAUGGAGGCAAGCAAACUUUGGAUGACAUGAGACGUCUGGCCAUUCAACAAGCCAAAGAUGAGGAACUAGCAGGAUUCUUUGCCAAUGAAGGGAUUUCUUGGCACUUUAUACCCCCGUCUGCUCACCAUUUUGGAGGGAUGUGGGAAGCUGGAAUUCGCUCAAUUAAACUCCAUAUGAAACGGAUACUUGGAUCAAAGGCUUUAACGUUUGAGGAGCUCCCUACUGUCCUGACCCAAAUUGAAGCUAUCCUGAAUUCACGCCCGCUGUGCCCAACUGGGGAUAAUUCUUUGGAUCCACUGACGCCUGCUCAUUUUCUGACUGGAUCUCCGUAUACUGCAUUGCCUGAACCCUGUCGUCUGGAUAUGCAAGUCAAUCGAUUGGAGAGGUGGAAUCAGCUGCAAGCUAUGGUUCAAGGCUUUUGGAAAAGGUGGCAUAUGGAAUACCUGACAUCUCUUCAUGAGCGGACAAAGUGGCAUCUGGAAACCGAGAAUCUGAAGAUCGACACACUGGUAGUACUCAAGGAGCCCAAUCUACCGCCCUCUAAACAGAUUCUUGGCCGCAUCACCGCAGUGCACGCAGGAAUCGACAACAAGGUCCGAGUCGUUACAGUGAAGACUGCUCACGGAUUAUACAAACGCCCAAUUGCCAAAAUCGCUGUACUGCCUCUCUGCUGA